AUGUCUCCUGCACCGAUCCAGAUACCCCGCUUCGCACAAGCUCAGUUGCAGCUACUUCUUCAGGAGCAUGAAGCUGAAAUUUCCUCCUCCUCGCUAGCCAGCACGGCAGCCUCAGUCUCACCUUCGACGCGUCGAACUCUACAAGCAACAGGCUAUGCGCUGACGGGAAUUGUGUUGUCACAAUGCCGAACCGGACUGGGAGGGCGCGUUGUCGGCGAGUUCACUGCCGAUGCAGCUAUAUCGUCGAGCAAAUCCACGACGAACAAGGGCGGAGAUGACAAAGCUGGAGCUGACGGCGAACCGAGGCUUGGUGCGCACGGAAUCCGAGUCGGGGAUAUUGUCCGCGUGAACGACACAAGCGGGUCGGGAAGCAAAAAGCUUUCGAAGGACAAAGGCAAAGCAGGUGGGAAAGAUGCAGUUGAAGCAUCCAAGGGUCCGGAAGGGGUUGUUACAAGGGUUGGAGAGAAAAGUAUAUGGAUUGCGUUUGGACAAAGAGGUGGUGGUGGCCGAUCCAAGGAGGACGACGAAGCCAUUGAGGAGCUCUGGGGAAAGAAACUAUGGCUUAUGAACCAAACCAUGGAGAAAAUGGGUAAAAUGACGGAGUCGGAAUACUCACAUUUCAUGCGAGUUGCCUUUGGCCAUACGGCUCCAAUGCAACCAGACCAUGACGCCAUUGGCCCGAUUGAGUUCGUCGAUCCAACUCUAAAUGAUUCACAGAAAGAAGCUAUACGGUUUGCCUUAGCGUCCCGGGAUGUGGCUCUCAUCCACGGGCCUCCCGGGACAGGCAAGACUCACACUUUGAUUGAGCUGAUUCUUCAAAUGGUCAAACGAAAGCUCCGCGUACUUGUUUGCGGACCGUCGAAUAUCUCCGUCGACAAUAUCGUGGAAAGACUAGCUCCCAAAAAAGUACCAGUUGUACGCAUAGGCCAUCCCGCUCGUUUGCUGCCAUCGGUCCUUGAGCAUUCCCUCGAAGUACUCACUCAUACGUCAGAAGCGGCCGCUAUCGUCAAAGAUGUGAGGAAGGAGAUUGACGAAAAACAAGCUAGUAUUCGCAAAACCAGGACCGGUCGGGAGAGGCGCGCAAUUUAUGAUGAUCUGAAAGAGCUCCGUCGAGAGUUUCGCGAGCGAGAGUCAAAAUGUGUGGACAACCUUGUUCGCGAAAGCAAUGUCGUCGUUGCCACACUCCAUGGGGCUGGCGGUCACCAACUGAAGAAUCAGAAGUUCGACGUAGUCGUUAUUGAUGAAGCAAGUCAAGCUCUGGAGGCUCAGUGCUGGAUACCCUUAUUGUCAGCGUCUAAAGUGGUCCUUGCGGGAGAUCACUUGCAGCUUCCCCCUACCGUCAAGUCUUCCGUUGAGAAAUCAAAGAGCGCAAAGAAGAGAGGGAAAUCAGAUCCGAAUGACGCUUCAGUCAGUUCUGCAGAAAUCAUUGGCGAUGUUUCUCUGGAGACAACCUUGUUUGACCGACUUCUUUCGUUGCAUGGACCAAGCAUCAAGAGGAUGCUAACCACGCAGUAUCGGAUGCAUGAAAAGAUUAUGCAGUUCCCCUCCAACGAGCUAUACGAAUCUAAACUUAUUGCCGCGGAGUCCGUGAAGUCACGCCUUCUUAAAGAUUUGCCCUACGAGGUCGAAGAGACUGAUGACACAAGAGAGCCAGUCGUAUUUUGGGAUACGCAGGGGGGCGACUUUCCUGAGAAGACUGAAGAUGACGAGGUAGGGAAAAAGGAAGCAUUGCUUGGCGAAAGCAAGAGCAACGAAAUGGAAGCUUUGGUCGUCGCAAAGCACGUGCAAAACCUCAUACAGGCCGGCGUGAAGCCUGAAGAUAUUGCCUGUAUUACUCCGUACAACGGUCAGCUUGCCCUGCUUUCUGCCAUGCUCCGAGAAAAGUACCCGGGUCUUGAGCUCGGAAGUGUGGAUGGUUUCCAAGGCCGUGAGAAGGAGGCCGUGGUGGUUAGUCUUGUUCGUAGUAAUUCCGAGCACGAAGUGGGGUUUCUGGCGGAGAAGCGGCGUUUGAACGUCGCCAUGACUCGUCCUAAACGGCAUCUAUGCAUAUGUGGUGAUUCGGAGACAAUCAGCAACUUUGCGGACGAGUCCCGGCAGCCUGCUAACGUGAAAUGUUUGCCAUGCAGAGGAAGUGCCUUUCUCAAGCGCUGGAUGGGCUUUCUUGAAGAACAUGCGGAUCUGCGUUACCCAGACGCAGGGGAACUAUUGUAA